AUGGAGUACGUACCGAGAACCCAUGAGUACAGGGGUUGGGUGGUUCAGGUCCGGAGCGCUGGGCCAUGGAGGCUCCAAGGAUUCUGUAGCCGGAAUCCUUUUUGGUCGCUUAGAGCGCAAAACAACAUGGAGAGAGCUGAGCAAGCAACAUGGAGGUCAGUGAGGGACGUUGGCGGGUGUGUACAAUUGUACCACACAUGCCCUGAUGCAGCCCCCUCAGCUCUCUUCUUUCCCUUUCUCACACGCUUCUUUCAAUUCACGGCGCCUCCAAAAACGCAACAACCAUUCCUUUCUCUCACCUUCCAAGAGACCCCUUGA